AGAGAAGCUCCCUCCUUUCUUAUUCCAGCCGCUGUGCCUUCACACUGUUUUUGACAAACGAAUACACAGGGAACAGUUUUAUUUGGGUGUUUUAAAGCGAUGUUGCGCGCGUUCACAUCUUUCGCGCGGCCCAACUCGUCUCUGCCGGUGGGGAUGGUGUGUCGCAUGGGGGUUUUCAGCGGACAGGCGGCGCUGCGCCUCGUUCCUUCAUCCGCGGCCUCCUCUCCCUCUUCUCCACGAACGCCGAUGUGCGCAGAGGGUGGCACAGCGAUGGGCGCCAUCUUCUGUUCAUCCUUGGACGUCUGCGCUCGCCACGCAUCCACCGAGGGUGUCGGCGCACCCUUCGCGUCUCCUCCAACGGCUGACCGCAACAAGGAGGAUCACAAUAAUCAUAAGAGCGGCAAGAGCCAACAGGAGGGUGGGCCGAAAGAUUCUUCUUCAUCGUUCUCUUCUCCUUUUGAAGCCUACCGUGACUUUCGACAGGCGCGCCACAAGCGCAAUGACCGGCAGUACCAAACCUUGUCUAUGUACCUCGACCGUCUGCCACCUGGUCUGCGGGAGCUGCUGCUCUACUCACCGUUGCUGGCGCUGCUGUACUUUGUGCUGGUGCAAGCCCGCGUGUACUACCUCGAUGAAGAGGAGCUGUGGUACCGACUAUUUGUUCCUGCUCGCUGGCGCUACCACACGACGACAGAAACAGUAGCAGCAUCAUCAACGGCAAGGCUUGCCAGCAAAGAUGGCACUCAAGAAGGAGACGAAGCCGAUGGGCUCGCUACGCAGCGCGUGAGGUCCGUGGCGCAUGUGUCUUCCUUGCUGAAGCGUGCGCCGGCAUCGGCGCCGGUCCUGCGCACGUCCACAGCAAGUGUCGUCUUGCCAACUGCCGUGGAGGCGAGCACGACACCCACGGAAGACAGCGGCGUGGUCGGCCAUGAAACUGCGCCCAAGGGAGUGAGCAACAGCAAGAGCAGCAGCGGUGACGGUCACGACAGCGAUGCCGCUCUGUUGAAUAGGCCGGCGGGUUUGAUGACCACCACGUACAGGUACCGUGCGAUGGCGGUCCACGACGCCGCAGCAGCGGUGUCCGGCUGCGCAGCUCCCCCGCUGGUGGCACCUUUCCAUGAGGUGACCGUGCGCAAGACGCAUGCGGCGGCCGCUCCCUCGUCCCCACCGGAUGCGGCCACGCUGAAGGAGACGCAAGGACCGAAAGCGGAAGGGGACGGCAGUGCGGCGGCCGAAGCCCUGGCUCGAGCGCACCCGUACGGUGUGUGGGGAGGUCCUCUGCAGGUGCUGCGGGAUCCGACAACAGGCUGCGUGAUGGGCUACUCUGCCAGUGUCACGCCGUGA